AUGCCUGCAACUUUGACUAGCGAGGCUGUGCCCAAGGCAGCUGGCCGUGGUUGCAGAUACAUGCUUUGUUUGAUCGCCGUGCCCCGUGCCGUGUCGCCUUGUUUGCCUGAGCCAGUAUUCCUCUUCGCGAUCGUCGUCCUUGGUGUUUCUGUGACUCUCGCCAAGCACCAAGUCUACAACUCCGUGCCGGCAGCAACAGGCUACAGUGCCUUUACCGGUGGUCUGGGCAUUCUGGCGGCACUGGUUGGCUUUGUAGCGCUGUUUGCCAGCUCUCUGGAUGGUAUUGUGACCUGGGUUCUUGAUGGCUUGGCAAGCCUUGCAUUUCUCGCUGGCGGCCUUGCCUAUGCGAUCCUCCUUCGUGGGACUGACUGCUCCGACCCCACUACGACGUACAAUAACGACCUGCUCGACGGAGGCUGUAUCUCUACGAAACAGGGUGAGGUCUGCGGAUAUGAUAGCCUAGGAGAAUUGAACAGCAGGUGCACCUCCGCCAAGGCGGAUACAGCCUUUAUGUUCAUUGACUUUGUUGUCUGCAUCGCUGUUGUUGCAUGCUCCUUUUUUGCGUCACGCAGCAACAGUAGCUUCAGGGGUGGUGUUGUGUAA